GUAGAUGCUGGAUCAUUUGGAGAGUUUGCCCGUCCUCUGCGCACCGAGUGUUCUGGAAAAGCCGCCGCACAGCCUGAGAGCCGGCUUUUAGAGCUUUCACUGAAGGAUAAAUGUGCUGAAAAGUCGCCCAAUUUCUCCUCCAAGGUUCAAUUUUUCUUUCAUUUUUUUAUUUUUAUUUUUAUUUUUUACGGCGGAGCGCCUGGACUGUUUUGAGUCAUCUCCUUUUUUCUCCCCCUUUUUCAUACGAGGAUACCUGUACCUCUACUGAUGGAACAGGGUCACUCCAACGCCCUCUUGCAGCCUCCCAACACCACCUAACAUUUCCUGGAAGAACGUGUCCAUUGCGUGCUCCCAAGAAACAUGGACUGUUUUCCCAUGCUUUCUUUUCUGUCGAGACAUCAUGAUUCCUGGUAAUCGAAUGCUGAUGGUCAUUUUAUUAUGCCAAGUCCUGCUGGGAGAGAGCAACCAUGCCAGUCUGAUACCUGAAGAAGGGAAGAAGAAAGUGCCUGGCCUGCAGGGUCGUUCGGCUGCUCAGAGCCAUGAACUGUUGCGGGACUUUGAGGCCACGCUGCUGCACAUGUUCGGCCUCAAGAGGCGGCCGCGGCCCAGUCGCUCCGUCACCGUGCCCCGCUACCUGUUGGACCUCUAUCGGCUGCAGUCGGGGGAGGCCGAAGAGGCCGGAGCGUACGACAUUGACUUUGAGUAUCCUGAGAGGUCGGCCAGCCGGGCCAACACUGUGAGGGCCUUCCACCAUGAAGAGCACAUGGAGAGGAUCCAUGAGCUGGGUGAUGGAGAAUCCAUGCCUCUCCGCUUCCUGUUCAACCUCAGCAGCAUUCCAGAGGACGAGCUGCUUUCCUCUGCAGAGCUAAGACUCUACCGUAGUCAGAUUGAUGAGGCCACCGCUGACGACCAGAGUCUGCACCGCAUAAACAUCUACGAGGUCCUGAAGCCCCCGCGGCCCGGGCAGCUCAUCACCCAGCUUCUGGACACACGCCUCGUUCGGCACAACGCGUCACGGUGGGAGUCCUUUGAUGUCAGCCCUGCCAUCUUGCGCUGGAGUCGUGAGGGCCUCCCUAAUUAUGGUCUGGCCGUGGAGGUUCUGCACCUCAACCAGACCCCACACCACCAGGGCCGACACGUCCGCAUCAGCCGCUCGGUGCACCAAGAGCCCGGGGAGGACUGGGAACAGUUACGCCCUCUUUUGGUUACUUUUGGUCAUGAUGGCAAGGGUCACCCACUGACCCGGCGGACCAAGCGCAGCCCCAAACAACGGGGCCGCAAAGGCAGGCGCAACUGCCGGCGCCAUGCACUGUACGUAGACUUCAGUGAUGUAAACUGGAAUGACUGGAUUGUGGCACCGCCUGGCUAUCAGGCGUAUUACUGCCACGGGGAGUGCCCCUUUCCCCUGGCAGAUCAUUUAAACUCCACCAACCAUGCCAUUGUUCAGACACUGGUGAACUCUGUGAAUAACAACAUUCCCAAGGCCUGCUGCGUGCCAACAGAGCUCAGCGCCAUCUCCAUGCUCUACGUGGAUGAACAUGACAAGGUGGUCCUGAGAAACUACCAGGAAAUGGUAGUGGAGGGCUGUGGCUGCCGCUAGCGCACAACGUCGCAAAAACACUUGGACAAAAAUAGCGCCUUGAACAAAGCAAUGUGGACACUAAAACAAAUCAGAAGGUCUUUUUUUUUUUUUAAAUGUUCACUUGGACCCUUAUUUAUAACUCUAAUGAGGUGUAUGUUUGUCUCACUUUUUUGUUUUCUUUGACAAUAUGAUCAUAUAUUUUGACAAAAUAUAUAUAUAUUUAUAUCUACACAUUAAAAAUAAAUUGAGUUCCUAUUUUAAACAUAAAGAAAUUGUUUAUCCUUCCAUAUUGUAUAUUGGAUUUUGUAAGUUGUUUUUUUAUUCAAAGUAUAGUAACAAAAGUAAAAAAAAAACUUAAAAAAAACACCCCCAAAAGUAUUAGGUUAUUUGCUAGUAAUAUUUAUUGCUUUCAUAAUAAAAAUGAACUGCAUUCUACCACCUACAAGCCAUGUCACAAAAAUAUUUCUUUUUAGCAAAUACAAUUUUAAAGUUAUUUAUUGACCUUUUUUUUUUUAACCAGUUAAGAACCAAAUUAAAAUACAUUAAAAUAAACUUAAGAAAUAAAAGAAAAUUGUCAACAAGAAAUCUGUCAAUCUCCAUUAAUUUUGUGGAAUUUAAACUGGAAUUAAUGCCAGACAAGUUUAAUUAUUAUAUGGAUUAGAGUUAUGAUUUGUUUUUCACUUUGGAUAGAUCCGUUCUGAGUCAAAGAAUGGGACAAGAAGAGAAAAUAUGAAAAAGCAAAAACAGAACUGAUCCAAGCAAACAUUCCCAGAAGAACAUCUGAAUUCAUAAAAGACAGGUUUAUAAAUACACCAGUUGUAUAGUAGAUAAUGCAAAAAAAAAUUUUGGAGUUUGAAAGUUGUACAAACAGUCAGAUUUUAAAUAUGAAAGUAGUCAUUUCCGCUGCUUGUAUUUUUGCUGUAAAACAGCCCUUAAGUGGAACUCCCUCUAGGGCCUCCUCUACCGUAUUCACAUAAGAGAAAACAUUGAUUAUUAAGUGAUAUCACCCAUGAAUAACUUGAAAAUAAAUUUAAUUUGUACAUUUAUUAUUACAUGUUUUUAAUAAAAAAGCUCUUGUAGGGAUAUUUACA